UUUGGCUGAUGAGAUGUCGUGAAGAUGAUGGUGGGGGAGUAGGGGAUGCAGAGCGGUUGGUGGAUGAGAAGUCUAGGAAGAGACCCCGGAGAUCUCUUGGUGAUUCAAGUGGUAGGAGAAAGAGGACAUAUUUCUCUUGGAAUAUACUCCGAGUUGAACGUCAGAGAGCAGUCAGUCAGGCUCAGUGGCAAUUCCAACAUCAAAUUAAACGUGCGCUCCGUGAAUCGGACUAUCAUUGCAAUCGAAAUUUUAACCAUUCUCUGGGUAUUUCAAUACCUUGAUCGAGUUUUACAGAAUAAGGCUUUCAAUUCAAGGACUUAUUUUAUUCCUUUUUCACUGAAUGAUUCCAAACAAUCUGUUUCUACGGUGUAUUUCCAUUUGUCGUUGCGGAAUGUUGAAGACUACAGCGUAAAUUAUCAAGAGCAUUGACCGUUACGGUAACUCCCACGUGUUCCAUUGGAAGUUUUUGCCAUGGAAAUUCUGAUGCACGAGGCCACCAAUGGGGUGACAAUCCCUCACGAUAAUUUAGAAUCUGGAGAACGACUGAGGGAGCAGAACAAUCAGAAAAAUGGAACUGACAUGGGGUGGAAGAGGAAUGGGGGUGAGUCACAAUUACUUGGCAAAGCUAAGGGUGAACAUGAAGUCGCGGAUAUUGUCUUUGAGAACAUAAGCUAUCGUGUUGGACUUGGAUUAUUUCGAAAAGACUACAAGCAAAUACUGCACGAUAUACAUGGAAGACUCCCUGCAAGACAACUGAUUGCCAUAAUGGGUCCUUCCGGUGCCGGAAAGUCAACCCUACUCGACAUUCUCUCUGGCUAUCGUCUAACCGGCAUCAGUGGUAAUGUUUACGUUAAUGGAGACAUACGUGAUUUAGAUGCAUUCAGAAGAUCAAGUGCUUACAUAACUCAAGACGAUCGUCUCCAACCCCUGCUGACUGUCAUCGAGAAUAUGAGAGUCGCUGCUGAUCUCAAACUUGGUACCAAUAUACCAAGACAGACGAAAGAAGAAAUAAUAGAAGAAAUUCUUGUAACACUUGGUCUGUUCGAUCAUCGGACAACGAGGGCGAGUAGAUUGAGUGGUGGACAGCAAAAAAGAUUGUCAAUUGCCCUUGAGUUGGUUAAUAAUCCAACUGUCAUGUUCCUUGAUGAACCUACCACUGGAUUAGAUAGCUCCACGUGCAUGCAAGUUGUUCAACUGCUCAAGGUUCUUGCAAGACAAGGAAGAACUAUUGUAUGCACCAUUCAUCAACCCAGCGCCUCUUUAUUCCAGUUAUUCGAUCAAGUACUUGUUGUGGCUAAUGGCUACUGCCUCUAUCAAGGCGCAACUGAUCAAUUAGUGCCCUAUUUGGAGAGUGUUAAACUGCCGUGCCCGAUAUAUCACAAUCCGGCUGAUUAUGUUAUUGAAUUGGCUUGCGGUGAAUAUGGCUACGAUAAAAUCGAGAGUCUCGUUAAUGCAUCGGACAAUGGUAGGAAUUUGCAGUGGUUCAAUAAUAAAGAGCGCUUUGUGUCGUCAAUCGAGGUCUCUAUUGACCCAUCGAAGAACGGAGAAAAACCACGAGAGGCUGAUGGAAAAACAGGAAAACCCAGUGAUAAUGACGGGAGUGAAAAAAAUUCUACAUUUAAAAAAAAUCACAAAAAGAAAUCUCUGCAAGCUACGUCACAGCUUCAUCAACUGAAAAUAUUACUGCAGCGGGGAGUUAUAAAAAGUAAAAGAGAUACGACGUUAACUUAUCUGAGAUUGCUGGUCAAUGUGGCGACGGGAAUUAUGCUGGGUACAUUGUUCAUUGGGGCUGGUAACGAGGGCCACAGAGUUCUAGAAAAUUAUAAUUUACUUUUUGCUAUUCUAAUGCACCACAUGAUGACAUCUAUGAUGCUGACAGUUCUUACGUUUCCAUCGGAAAUGAACAUUCUGCAGAAAGAACAUUUCAAUAGGUGGUACAGCCUAAAAAUGUUCUACACUUCAGUGACAAUUAUCGAUAUUCCCGUAGCUGUGGUAUGUUGUGCUGCAUUCUCCGGAAUAAUCUACAUCAUGUCUGCACAACCCAUGGAGUGGAGUAGAUUUUCAAUGUUCUUCGCUAUCAGCUUGCUCGUUGUUUUUACAGCCCAGAGCUUUGGUCUCGUGAUCGGAGCUGUCUUCAGUGUUGUCAAUGGAACGUUUUUGGCACCGACUCUGUCUGUUCCGAUGAUGAUGUUCGCCGGUUUCGGCGUUAACCUUCGUGAUCUUCCAGCUUAUUUGAGGCCAGGAAGCUAUCUCAGCUAUCUGCGAUACGGUUUAGAAGGCUACAUUCACGCGAUUUAUGGAGAAAAACGAGAGACCCUCAAUUGUGCAGAAACGGAGGAAUACUGUCACUAUAAAUAUCCGAGGAAGUUCCUGUCCGAAAUCGUGGCCAUGGAGCCUGAUCAAUUCUGGAAUGAUGUCUUUGGGUUGACUGUUUUAUUAUUAGCAUUGAGAAUAAGCUCUUAUUUCUUACUGAGGUGGAAACUGCAAUCGGCACGAUAAUGAAUUAAUCACUGAUUUAAUCAGUGCUGGCUAGGAAUAUUUUUAUCAUCAAUGCAAGUAAAUAAAUCAUUCAUUAUAUGUGUGAUGAUAGGAUCGAAGAUGCACUCGAUUUUUUAAAUAAUUUUUUUACGAGAAUUAUUUUCAUAGGUUUACUGCGAUAACGGUUAGAGUAGGAUGGAUUAUUUUAUUGUUAUUAAUAACGGUUGACUGUGAAAUUGUAGAAAAUUCCUUCUUGAGUUAAGAUUGACAGUAACUUCGAGGAAUUUGUAAGCGAGUGUAAUAAAUAGCGGUACUAUUUUUUUAUCAUCACGAUCUUUCUUGAAUUAACAUUUAUACACUUUUCGGGAGAAACGAUUGAUGAUUGGGAGGAUUAAAUUUAUUUAUCUGAA